UUGGUGUAAGCAGGAGGCUACAUCUCAUUCUAUAGUACCUACGCUACGUAAUGGACAGGACAGAACGGAGUUGAUCUACUGUGGCUAAUCCUAGUGGAUUCCGUCUGUGUGGCAAACGCCUAGGUAGGAGAAAGGAAUGACGGCGUUUACAGAGCAGGACAAAACUGAUAUGUUACCUGUAUUGUUCAUAACAGAAUGAAGAAAAUACCAAGACACACUCAAAUUAAAUGCAAGCCAUAAAAACAGAUUUUUUAAAACGGAUUUAACUCUUGGAUCAGAACGGAAAGAUUUCUAGUCGAACAGGACUGGAAAAUGAACAUGGAUGUCGGAGUAACGAUGGCAUCUUUGUGUAGUUAAAUCAAUUUCUAUCUUCUUUCUGGCACUAAAACUGCGCCGGCCGAAGUUUGUUCUAUAUUCAACUAUCGAUUAUAGAUGAGUCGUCUAUGGAGGCGUGACGUGCCCCUGUCUGAUCGGCUAGGACUACCCCCUGGUCCCCGUCCCACCAUGCCCCCCCCGGGCCCAAACAUCUCCUGGUUCCCAGAGGCCCCCCAGCUGACCUCAGAACAGCCCACCUUCCUGAUGACCCCCGCUGCCCAGGCCGUGUCAGGCUUCUUCGUCUGGACCGCCCUACUCUUCACCUGCCACCAGAUUUACAUGCACCUGCAGUACUACAGUUCUCCUAAUGAGCAGAGACACAUUGUGCGGAUCCUCUUCAUUGUGCCCAUCUAUGCCUUUGACUCCUGGCUCAGCCUCCUCUUCUUCACUAAUGAGGAGUACUAUGUCUACUUUGACACCGUCAGGGACUGCUAUGAGGCGUUUGUCAUCUAUAACUUCCUCAGCCUGUGUUAUGAGUACCUGGGAGGAGAGAGCGUCAUCAUGGCUGAGAUCAGAGGAAAACCUAUUCAGUCCAGUUGUAUUUACGGUACAUGCUGUCUCUGGGGGAGGAGUUACUCCAUUGGGUUCCUGCGGUUCUGUAAGCAGGCCACGCUACAGUUCUGUGUGGUCAAACCCCUCAUGGCCAUGGUCACAGUCAUCCUACAAGCCUUUGGAAAGUACCGCGACGGAGACUUCAAUGUGAACAGUGGGUACCUGUAUGUGUCCAUCGUCUACAACAUCUCAGUCAGCCUGUCUCUCUACGCCCUCUUCCUCUUCUAUUUCUCCACCCGGGACCUGCUCAGCCCCUACAGCCCCCUGCUCAAGUUCUUCAUGGUCAAAUCUGUCAUCUUCCUCUCCUUCUGGCAGGGCAUGUUGCUGGCCAUCCUAGAGAAGUGUGGGGCCAUCCCCAAAAUCAACUCACCUGAAGUGUCAGUGGGAGAGGGAACGGUUGCCGCCGGUUACCAGAACUUCAUCGUCUGCAUCGAGAUGUUCUUUGCCUCCCUGGCCCUGCGUCAUGCAUUCACAUACAGGAUCUAUAUGGACAAGAGGCUGGACUCUCAGGGCCCAGUUCCUAUGCAUGGAGAGUCUGGUCGCUGUGCCCCAAUGAAGAGCAUCUCUAGCAGCCUGAAGGAGACGAUGAACCCUGGAGACAUGGUCCAGGAUGCUAUCCAUAACUUCUCCCCAGCCUACCAGCAGUACACCCAGCAGUCCACCCUGGAACAGGGUCACUCUGCCCCGCCUGUGUCCCGCACCAUCAGCACCAUCAGCACCCGCGACAACGAGAAGACCCUGCUGCUCAGCUCGGAUGACGAGUUCUAAGUUAACACACACCAGCCCCAGCCAAUCACCUCUUUACUGACUGUUGGGGUGAGGUACUACCUCCUGGUCUUAUGGAGUAUUGGUAGGGGAUUUAAAGUGUGUUGUUUGGGGUUGGCAUCAACCUCAAUACAGGGAUACAGGACCAUAUCACUUAGCCUGGUCCAUUCAAUAUCCUCUACUACACACAAUUCAGGACUUUACAGGAACUCUUCUCUUGAUAGAAUAUACACUUAUUGGGAACAUGAUGUUAUGGUUGAAAAACUUCAAUGGUUGGUUAUAUAGGACUUAUAGGGAUUUUCUGAGAGAAUUAUACUUCACUUAUUAGAGAGACAUUUAUGGUUUGAAUAAAAGUGAUUUUAUCGUUACAAAAUGUGUCUGCUAGCUAGCUAACAUCCAAUGACGAUGAUGGCCCAUACUAUAUUUAUAUUAAAGUACUUUGGCUAUGGAUGGCAUUUUAUUUGUCGUUUUGGUUUAAAAUAUUCCGUUUUAAGACCAUUCCCCAUGGUGACAAUUUUUAAAGUUGAUUUUAAAGGGAUGGUGUGGGGGAGUGGUUUAGGGGAGAACCAGCUGUGUGGACGAGUAUGGGACAGGGACAGAUGAGAGAGAGAGGGAUGGAAAGGGGAUGUAAGGGAAGGGGGGGAUAAUGGUUGGUUAGACAGCACUUGAUCGGAUUCCAGAUGAAGAGGACUGCUCCAGUGUUUAGUAGCAUGCAGACCAGCAGGGUGAGGGCAGACGAGCAGUGUGCUAGUCUGGAUUAUACGGUUGUAAUUGGGCCAUUAUUUGUAUGGUGAGGAUUAGACCUUCAUCCAGCGAGGCUCACUCUGUCACCAGACCUCUGCUGGCCUCUAACGUAGGUUAAAGUCAUGUAGGGUAAACACCUUAGUCAAACCGAUCAGUGUGAUCAGACAACGCAAGAAGUUAAGAAGUAAAGUUAGAUGUCAUGCUACAUGGUUAUAAUGUAGGACAUUUUUAUAUACUUACAAUUCCAAUUAGACAAACACUGCACAAUUUCAUAAAAAUAAAGUGUAACUCGAUACAAUAAAAUAUUCAGCUUUGUAAUGAAGUGUGGGUCAGUUUUAGACUCACUUUUAGUGUCGUAUACAUGUUUUCAUUACACAGAAGUGAAUGUUCAGGGCUUACAGACAAAAUAUAUUGCGUUAUCCAUAGUUUAGAUUUGAGUUUAUUGUAGACAGUAGGGGCACAACUUUGAUUUGAGACGUGGGAGGGGGGGGACAUAUAUUUUUUUUCAGUCAGAUAAACACUCCAAACUGCCUACCCGACCGCUCAGAGCCGUCCGCAUGGUCCUAAAGCACAAUGACUUUUAGAUAAUAAAAAAAAAAAUCACAUACCAAUGAUAAAACGGGGGGACAAAUACAAUUUCAGAAUAUGGGGGGGGAUGUCUCCCUGUCCCCGGUAAAAGUUGUGCCCCUGGUAGUGAGUAAUACGGGACUGGCUGCCAUUAUACAGUAAAGACACGUUGAGUCCAUGCAACCAGAGCGCAGCAGGGAGACUAUUAUAUUUGGUCACUUGACACAGACAAACACACACACAAAUCUAUCAAACACAGACUGAUCAUGAUAACACGUUAUGCUUGCAGCCUACACAUUCUGUCUGCGAGUGAAAGGAAUGCCGUGUCGUGGAGUACCAGCCUCCGUCUAUCCUGACCUCUCAAUUUUUGCUGUGUGUGAAUGUGUGAUAGCUCGACCCAAUAUGCGUAGGAAAGCCAGGGUCCAGAGAGGCUACUUUCUGUUGGAUGGGUCAAUAUUUCCCAUUAAGCAGGGGUGGAAAAAGUACCCAAUUGUCAUACUUGAGUAAAAGUAAAUAUACCUUAAAAGAAAAUGACUCAAGUAAAAGUGAAAGUCACCCAGUAAAAUCAUAUUUGAGUAAAAGUUUUAAAGUAUUUGGUUUUAAGUAUACUUAAGUAUCAAAAGUAAAUGUAAUCGCUAAAAUAUAUUUAAGUAUCAAAAGUUAAAGUAUAAAUAAUUUAAAAUUGCUUAUAUUAAGCAACACAGAUGGCACGGUUUUCUUGUUUUUUAAAAUUUAUUUACGGAUAGCCAGGGGCACACUCCAACCAGUCAGACUAAUUUAUAAACCAAGCAUUUGUACUGCCAGAUCAGAGGCAGUAGGGAUGACCAGGGAUGUUCUCUUGAUAAGUGUGUGAAUUAGACACUUUUUCCUGUCCUGCUAAGCAUUCUAAUGUAAUGAGUACUUUUGGGUGUCAGGGAAAAUGUAAGGAGUAAAAAGUACAUAAUUUUCUUUAGGAAUGUAGUGAAGUCAAAGUAAAAGUUGUCAAAAAUAUAAAUAGUAAAGUAAAGUGCAGAUACCCCAAAAAACGACUUAAGUAGUACUUUAAAGUAUUUUUACUUUAAGUACUUUACACCACUGCCAUUAAGGUAUGGUCAGAAUGUCUUCUUUAAUUAUAAUGUGGAGGCCAGUGUGUAGCAUGUUAUGGAACUAAAGUAGGCCUUGAGAGGAAAGGCCAGAGAGCUUAUUAUGAUGUCUCCUGUAGCAUUCAGUUGAGUCCUCUAACACGUUGAAUAUAUUAUGAUGUCUCCUGUAGCAUUCAGUUGAGUCCUCUAACACGUUGAAUAUAUUAUGAUGUCUCCUGUAGCAUUCAGUUGAGUCCUCUAACACGUUGAAUAUAUUAUGAUGUCUCCUGUAGCAUUCAGUUGAGUCCUCUAACACGUUGAAUAUAUUAUGAUGUCUCCUGUAGCAUUCAGUUGAGUCCUCUAACACGUUGAAUAUAUUAUGAUGUCUCCUGUAGCAUUCAGUUGAGUCCUCUAACACGUUGAAUAUAUUAAGAUGUCUCCUGUAGCAUUCAGUUGAGUCCUCUAACACGUUGAAUAUAUUAUGAUGUCUCCUGUAGCAUUCAGUUGAGUCCUCUAACACGUUGAAUAUAUUAUGUCUCCUGUAGCAUUCAGUUGAGUCCUCUAACACGUUGAAUAUAUUACGAUGUCUCCUGUAGCAUUCAGUUGAGUCCUCUAACACGUUGAAUAUAUUACGAUGUCUCCUGUAGCAUUCAGUUGAGUCCUCUAACACGUUGAAUAUAUUACGAUGUCUCCUGUAGCAUUCAGUUGAGUCCUCUAACACGUUGAAUAUAUUACGAUGUCUCCUGUAGCAUUCAGUUGAGUCCUCUAACACGUUGAAUAUAUUAUGAUGUCUCCUGUAGCAUUCAGUUGAGUCCUCUAACACGUUGAAUAUAUUAUGAUGUCUCCUGUAGCAUUCAGUUGAGUCCUCUAACACGUUGAAUAUAUUAUGAUGUCUCCUGUAGCAUUCAGUUGAGUCCUCUAACACGUUGAAUAUAUUAUGAUGUCUCCUGUAGCAUUCAGUUGAGUCCUCUAACACGUUGAAUAUAUUAUGAUGUCUCCUGUAGCAUUCAGUUGAGUCCUCUAACACGUUGAAUAUAUUAUGAUGUCUCCUGUAGCAUUCAGUUGAGUCCUCUAACACGUUGAAUAUAUUAAGAUGUCUCCUGUAGCAUUCAGUUGAGUCCUCUAACACGUUGAAUAUAUUACGAUGUCUCCUGUAGCAUUCAGUUGAGUCCUCUAACACGUUGAAUAUAUUACGAUGUCUCCUGUAGCAUUCAGUUGAGUCCUCUAACACGUUGAAUAUAUUACGAUGUCUCCUGUAGCAUUCAGUUGAGUCCUCUAACACGUUGAAUAUAUUAUGAUGUCUCCUGUAGCAUUCAGUUGAGUCCUCUAACACGUUGAAUAUAUUAUGAUGUCUCCUGUAGCAUUCAGUUGAGUCCUCUAACACGUUGAAUAUAUUAUGAUGGUUUGGACUCAUCCCCAAACAUUUAGAGUUUCUGGUACAGAGAGAAUUACACCACAAGAUCAUUUAAUUCUCCAUUUUCUAUUUUUCUGAUAUCUUCUCUCUCUGCGCUCUCUCUUUAUCUAGGCCUGCAUUUUAUUAACCAGAUGUAGAAGACUCAAGAUGUCGCUCUUUUGACUAGUUUUCUGUAUUAUGUCAUAAAGCUGCUGAUAUUAUGCUUCUGUUUUUCAUCUAAAUAAUAUUCAGAGAAAAAAAUAUUAGGCCAAGAGAAAAUAAAGAUAUUUAGAUUUGU